GAAGCAUCAUGAGAGAGGGAGAUUCUUCAAUCUUCAAUCAUCAUCACUUUUAUUAUUUGAAGAAAAACAAAAAUUCGAAACACAGAAAAAAAAAAGGUCGAUUCUUUGCUUUGCCUUCAAAUCUCAUCAAUCAAUCACCUUUCCAUCGUCGAUAACCUCUUUCCUUUUUGUGAAUCGCGAGAUCUCGGAAUCCCAUCGUUGAUUUGUGGGGGGUUAAGAUGGAGAAGUACGAGCUCGUGAAAGACAUAGGCGCUGGGAAUUUUGGAGUGGCCAGGCUCAUGAAGGUCAAAAACUCUAAAGAGCUUGUUGCCAUGAAGUACAUCGAGCGUGGUCCCAAGAUUGAUGAGAAUGUGGCAAGAGAGAUCAUUAAUCACAGAUCGCUUCGUCAUCCUAAUAUUAUCCGUUUUAAGGAGGUUGUGUUGACUCCAACUCAUCUUGCUAUUGCCAUGGAAUAUGCUGCUGGUGGUGAAUUAUUCGAGCGUAUAUGCAGUGCUGGAAGAUUCAGUGAGGAUGAGGCGAGAUACUUCUUUCAGCAGCUUAUAUCAGGUGUUAGCUAUUGCCAUGCUAUGCAAAUAUGCCAUAGAGAUCUGAAGCUCGAGAACACACUCCUGGAUGGAAGUCCUGCUCCACGUCUCAAAAUCUGUGAUUUUGGUUAUUCCAAGUCCUCUCUACUGCACUCGAGGCCCAAAUCCACAGUUGGAACUCCAGCAUAUAUUGCACCUGAGGUCCUUUCUCGGAGAGAGUAUGAUGGCAAGAUGGCUGAUGUAUGGUCUUGUGGUGUAACUCUUUAUGUCAUGCUUGUUGGAGCCUACCCAUUCGAAGACCAGGAAGACCCAAAGAACUUCAGGAAAACAAUACAAAAAAUCAUGGCUGUUCAGUACAAGAUCCCGGACUACGUCCACAUCUCACAGGAUUGCAAACAUCUUCUUUCCCGUAUAUUUGUGGCCAAUUCACUCAAGAGGAUAACCAUUGCAGAAAUCAAGAAACACCCAUGGUUCCUGAAGAACCUGCCAAGGGAACUCACAGAGACAGCUCAAGCUGCAUAUUUCAAGAAAGAGAAUCCAACCUUCUCCCCGCAGACCGCUGAAGAGAUCAUGAAGAUAGUGGAUGAUGCCAAAACGCCUCCGCCUGUUUCCAGAUCCAUUGGAGGGUUUGGCUGGGGAGGAAAGGGAGACGGAGAGGAAGAAGAAGUGGAUGAAGAGGAGGUGGUGGAGGAAGAGGAAGACGAAGAAGAUGAAUAUGAUAAGACUGUAAAGGAAGCACACGCAAGUGGAGAAGUGUGAAUCAGUUGAUUUUUUUUUGGUUUGGGUAUGAAAGAAAGUUGUCAUUGGUUUGCUGAAACUUAAAAGUCUCGUUUUAUUAUUUUUUGUCUUCUCCAGUUACAAUGCUUAGCCUUUGGCUUUGGUUUUGGUUUUGAAGAUUUGUAAAAUUUGGUAUAAGAAGAACAAACAGAGAUUGAUCAUGAGUCCUUAAAGGCAUUGUGACUUCAAACUAAAUAUCAUGUAAAUUAGAUUUUUAUUUUCUGA